AACAACUCCUCCGCACACCGUUGGAAACUUUACUCUAACUUUAAUUUGUUUUUGUUUUGUUUUCUUUCAUCACAACCAAGCCCGAGCUCACCUGCCUUGAAACACCAUCUACCUCCUUCAAGACACAGCCCGUCAUCCUCCGAGCCGGAACCUGUCAAAGCAUGGAGGACCAGCUGAUUGCCCAGCUCCAAGACAUUGCACACGCCAGCUCCGAGGCCGGGAGCCAGGCGAAACGGCAACAAGCUGAGAUCGCCCUACAACACGCUCGCGGCAAUCCCGCCUUUCCCACAGCCCUGAUCAAUGUCGGCAGCCAUGCCUCGAUCGACAUCGCCGUCAGGUCUUUGGCUAUGACCACCCUGAACAAGUUCAUCCAGAGAAAUUGGGCCCAGGACGAAGACACCGAUGAGCCCCUCAUCGAGAUUCCAGACGCGACCAGAGAAGUCCUUCGCAAUGCCCUCCUAGAGCUUGCUCUCAAUAACGAGGAUAACCGAAAGAUUAAGGCAUUAACCAGCUACUCUGUCGGUAAAAUCGCAGCCUACGACUACCCCGAACGAUGGCCCAACCUCCUCACCACCCUCUUCACCGUCGUGCCUGGCGGCUCCGACGCACAAAUAUACGGAGGUCUGAAAAUACUGAGCGACGUUAUCGACGAGAGUCUCAGCGAGGACCAGUUCUUUAGCAUGGCGAGGGAGAUCGUCAAGGCCGUAACCCAGGUUGCGUUCGACGAGAAUCGGAGACCCAACCUGCGCGCCUUGGCCAUCUCCAUCUUCCGCGGGUGCUUCGAUCUCAUGGAUAUCGUCAAGGAUGACCACCCGGUCGAAGUCAAGGCCUUUGCCGACGAGGCCCUCAAGGAAUGGCUCCCCUACUUCCUCCAGGUCCUGAAGGUGCCCCUUCCCGAGUCGUCCCCGCCUAACCCGGCCGACCUCCGACAACCCGAAGCCUGGAAUAGCGUCGUCUCCAUCAAGAUCCAGGUGGUCAAGACACUGCUCAAGGUCAAGACGGUCUUCCCCAACCUCUUGACGCCCCACAGCACGGCUCUCUUUUCCGCCGUCUGGUCGGAGCUCCAGAACCUGCAAGGGCCCUACGAGGAGCUCUAUGUCAAUAAUGGCGCCCAGGGCCGCAUGGAGGACGCGGACGCCAUCCCUUUCACCCUCGAUUUCCUCGUCGUCGAGGAGCUGGAUUUCCUGAACCAGUGCUUCCGCGCGCCGCCCGUGAUUGCCGAGCUGGCGAGGCAGCUGGAGCAGCAUGCGUCGGGUCAGGAGGUCCCUUGGAUGGUCGACAUUAUCAAGAUGCUCGUGUCCUACUCGCGCAUUGGCAGCGAAGAACUCGAGAUGUGGGAGAUCGACUGCUCCCUCUACCUGGUGGAGGAGACGUCGGCUUCGACGAACUAUACGGCUCGCAUCGCGUCGAGCGACCUCCUGAUCAAACUCGGCGAAUGGUACAACCACAAGAUCAUCGACGCCCUCUUCGCCUACACCAAGACGCUCUUUGGCCCGGAGAAGACCUCGUGGGGCACCCAGGAAGCCGCCCUGUUCCUCUUCAGCAUGCUUCUGAGCGACUUCCACGACAUGGACAAGUCCAUUCCCGACCAGAUCACCCAGGCGUACCUGAGCCUGGUAGAUUACACAAUCAACCAGUCCGAGGCGCCAUUCCUGAGGGCAAGGGGUUAUCUCCUCGGGGGAAACCUGACGCGGGCCGUCCCGACGCCGCCUGCCCUGCUCGACCGCACCAUCGCCUGCAUCACCUCGGAGACGGAGGAGGUCGUGCAGCUAUCGUGCGUCAAGGCUCUCGAGUAUUUCAUGCGGUCCAACCGGGUGCAGGCCGACCGGCAAAUCCCCAUCCUGGCGGCGCUCUCGCAGUAUAUGCAGAACAAGGAUCCCGAAGAGCUCGAGGUUUACGAGGAACUCGUCGUUACGCUUACCGAGACCAUCCGCCUGGCCAUCCAUCUCAAUCCACGCGUCGUCAUCCAGGCCCCGGAUGUCCAGUCCGUCGAUCUGCUGUUUGCCAUCACCAAGCACGCUGCGUCUAACUUCCACGCGGUCAUGAUCGUCAACGAGUCGUUCGGGGACAUUGUCCGUAGCCUCUCGGACUCUGCUUCGUACGCCGCGCUGUGUGCUAGGGUUCUCCCGACCUUGACGGCUGCCUUUAAUACUGCCACCGUGACGGAGAACGAUCCACUAGUUACUACUGCCGCAGAAUUGCUCACCUCCCUUGUGGAACACGGUUCAGAGCCACUCCCGGCAGGGUUCGUGGCGGCCACUUUGCCCAAGCUUAACAAGCUGUUGAUGGAGUCGAACGAGGGCGAAGUACUUCGUCCCGGCGCCGAGGCCGUCAAGUAUCUCCUCAUGCACGACCAUCAUCAAGUCUUCGCCUGGCAAGAGGACGGCAAGUCCGGGCUUGAAGUGUGCCUGCGCAUCAUUGACCGGCUCCUAACCCCAUCCAUCGAGGACAACUCGGCAUCAGAAGUCGGAGGCCUGGCCGCCGAGCUUGUUGAGAAGGCCGGCAACGAGCGCCUCGGCCCGUUCCUACCACAGCUCCUUCAGGCCGUCGCCACAAGACUUGCCACGGCGGAAGCGGCUCCCUUUAUCCAGUCGCUGAUCCUUGUCUUUGCGCGGUUGUCUCUGGUCGGCGCUCACGAUGUUGUAGAGUUCCUCGGCCAGAUCCAGAUCAACAACGAGAGCGGACUGCAAGUGGUCAUGAGCAAGUGGCUGGAAAACUCGAUCAACUUUGCCGGGUACGACGAGAUUCGCCAGAAUGUCAUCGCGCUUUCGAAGCUAUAUUCUCUGAACGACCCCCGCCUCUCCCAGGUCAUGGUUAAGGGCGACCUGGUUCCGAACACCAUCAACGAUGGAAAGAUUAUGACGCGCUCGCGCGCCAGAGCUAACCCGGAUCGGUACACCGUCAUUCCGGCCACCCUCAAGAUCAUCAAAGUGCUCAUCGAGGAGCUACUCUCGGCCUCUGGCGUCACCGCGGCGUCGUCAACGGCUGCCGCGGCCGCUACCGCUGCAGCGCAGUUGGACGAUGCCGACAAGGACGACGAUGGCUGGGAAGACGACGACACGCUGGAUCUCAGCCUAGGCACGACGAAGGAGGAUCUAAUGACCUUUAUCGACUUCGGUGGGACGCGCCAACGUGACGACGAGACGCAGGCGUACCUUACAGAGUUUUUCAUCCGGGCGGCCAGGGAGAACGUGGCCAACUUCCAGGAGUGGUAUGGAAUGCUGAACGAGGAGGAGAAGGAAAAACUGAAUGAGCUGGCUUAGGGGCAGUUCUACAAUCCACUGUUCAAUCUUCAUUAUUCGCUAUUCACUUCGUUGGUAGGCAGUAGAGAGGAUGCGG